AUGAGAACAAUGGUGUUCGUGAGGCGGUCACCAGAGUGUUUGGCGAAAAUAACAAGCCUCGGAUGCGCUGUAUACGUUGACGGCUGGAACUUUCACCUUGAUACAACGUUCAUCAGGAAACUGUCAGGAAGAACGAGCGCCGUCAGACGGCCACGGGCGAGAGCUAUUCUCCGGUUUCAGGCAUCCUCACCGUCGUAUGCUCGUCCGGGCAGGAAGGGGCUCGUGACCUGCGCUGGGAUGACCAAAGAAAGAGUAUGGGCGACGGCAUUCUUCAUGCUGGCCGCCAACAGGGUACACUUGGACUCGUCAUCUUUGCCGGGAGUGUUCGGAGCCAUUCCUGACAUCGAUGUAGCCUCAAGCACGGACGUUCUGUGCUGGGAGACGCACGGGGAGUAUGAGCUUGACUGCUUCCACGAUGAACCCCUGGUGUGGAAGCAGUACCCACUUACCCAGGAAAUGCUCCAGCGGACGGUACCGUACAAUACUUCUGGCAUUCAUCUUCACCGUGCGUUCAAUACGGCGAAGGCCAACGGGGUGCUGAAGGUUGUGGCGAUCGGAGGGAGCGUAACAUUCGGUCGUAGCUGCGAAUCUCCCAAAGGUUUAGCCAACAAUGCCUGUGCAUGGCCUCAUCGUCUCGACCAGUGGUUCCGGGCAGAAGUAGGAGACUUCAAAGUCGAGGUGGUGAACGAAGCCGUACCGGGCGAAGGAAUGAUUGACUUUCUGCACAAAACAAUCAAGAAUGUUUUGUCGGUGGACGUGGAAGUGGAUCUCGUCAUCGUCGACUUUGGGGUGAACGAUGCGAUUCUCGACCACUUCGACCUCGAAGACGUGAAAAUGGCCCACGAAACAUUCAUCAGCCAUGUUAGAAACGCCAUGACAAGUAAGCCGGCGCUCCUAUACGCGGAAAGCUUCAUUGCACCACGCCUUGCGUCCCUCCAUCCGCCGCAAGGCAGCAACAUGGCGGAGGUGCACGCAAAUGUGACCCAGAAAUAUGAUAUACCCAUGGUGAGACAGCCUUCUAUUUGUAGAGUGGCUUAG